AUGGCAAGCAUCGACAGAUACCGGCCGCCGCGCGAGGGCUAUCAACCUCCAAACAUGCCAAAUAAUCGCCAAGAACGCAGUUCAACUUCACCUUCGAGCAGACGGGAGGUCCCCCCGGCCGCCCCUACACCCCCUCAACACUCAUCCCGCACUUCGCCACCAAGACCACACAGAGCUUCUGCAACACAAUCUCCCCGAGCAUCGCGACCGGAAUCCCCAAUUCCAGAUCCGAACCAAUGGUCAUUUACUUCUAAUGAAGUUUUAAGCACGCCAUCUGUCAUCGAUGGGCUUUCAUUGGAAGAAGAGCGACUGCGUCGUGCCAAAGGCGUCAACUUUAUUUACCAAGCUGGCGUAAUGCUGGAUUUGCCACAAAUCACGCUCUGGGUCGCUGGCGUCUUCUUUCAUAGAUUCUAUAUGAGAUAUAGCAUGGUGCAAGAAAAGGGUGGAAUCCACCAUUAUAAUAUUGCCGCCACGGCUCUAUUCCUUGGAAACAAGGUUGAAGAGAAUUGUCGCAAAACGAAAGACAUUAUAAUAGCGGUCGCGAAAGUCGCCCAGAAGAAUGCAAAACUGAUAAUCGACGAACAAAGCAAAGAAUAUUGGCGCUGGAGAGAUAGUAUUUUGACGUACGAGGAGACCAUGCUGGAGCAGCUCACCUUUGACCUGAUGAUUGACAAUCCUUACCGUCAUCUAUUUGAGCUUCUGGGGCAGCUGGGCAUCGUACAUAACAAAGUCCUUCGACAAGCGGCCUGGUCGUUUUGCAACGAUGCUUGCUUGACAUCCCUGCCAUUACUCAUUGAGGCAAGGGACGUCGCAAUAAGCGCAAUAUUCUUUUCCAGCAUCCAUACAAACCAACAAAUUGAAGACGUUCGCGGGGACCCAUGGUGGCGAUAUUUGGAUGGUGACGAGGGUCGUUGCAGCAGCGCGAUCGAGGUCAUGCGCCAGUUUUACGUGGAAAAUCCGCUUAGAAAGCAGAAUCCAUCAAUAUCGUCCCCAGCAUUCUUUCUGGAGGCCACCAGAAAGCGAGGCGAUACGCUGCUGAGCCAGACGGAGACACUGUCUUCGAGCAAUGCUACUCCAAUGGACCGCGCCAGCCGUAGCCCUCGUCCGCCUAAUGGCGAUACCCACAGGCACGCAGAACCUCGUUCGCGUGCGGAACUGUCCAGAGAAGCGUACGCACUCCAGUCGCCAGCGAAACGUAAAGACGGUGUCGACAGCCCUGCAGAUACCGAGAGAACGGAGAAGAGGACUCGGUUAUCAGAAGAUGAGGGCGAAUUGAUUGAGGACUAA